AUGCACCUCAGCCAGGCUGCCCCCAUGCCCCGCGUUGCUGGCGCAUAUGCAAGAAUCGCAGUCGCUGCCCGUCCCAGAACACCCACCCUCGCGACCUCAACAUAUCGAUAUCUACCGGACAGUCGCGGGAUCCAUCCCGUCCAGGCGUCCUCUUUCGCCCAUCGCCCAGGCCCGAUUCGGCGCCAGGGCGUCGUUCUCGACGAAAGGCAGUGCGACCUUGGGCGGGUGGAUCGUCUUCCUCACGCUCCCGUAGUAUUACUCAAACGUCAGGUUGUCGGCGGCGAUCCCGCCGACGACGGGAUGUGGACGUUCCACCUGGUCGCGCGUGAGGAGGAAGAAUUCCCCGAAGACACCCCUGGCCGAUCGCAGCAUCUCGCGCAGGAAGUGCAGGCCGAAGGUGUCGAGUCUCCAGAAGUACUGGAGCUUGUGCUGGAUGAAACUGCGGUAACGCCCUCUCCGUCUGCACGUCCCGCGACUCGGAGGUGUAUUGUCUGA